GCCACGCGCGUGGUCAAGCUGGUCAAGAUCUUGCGCCUCCUGAAGAUCGUCAAGAUGCUGCGCAUAUUCAAGAUCCCAACACUGCUGCGCCACCUGGAGUCGGUCUUCGGCCGCGGCUUCCUUAGGCUCACGACGCUCAUGUCCGCCGCCAUCCUGGUCACGCACCUGGUGGCGUGCUUCUUUCACUACGCCGCCUACCUGGCGGGAAAGGACACGGCCACGUGGCUGUCCAUUGCCGAGCUCGAG